UGUACUCGCUUUGGCCAUGGCCGCUGAGAUGAGCUCUGAGGUUCCCGAACCGGUGGCUCUGACAGCACCGAAUAACCCAGUGACACCGGGACCCGGGCAGGUGAGGGUGAUCGGAGCAGUGCCUGCCCGUGGAGGGAAGCGGCGCUCGGGACUGGAAUUUGAUGAUGAAGAUGGAGAAGGGCCUAGCAAAUUUUCAAGAGAGAACCACAGUGAAAUUGAGAGACGACGUCGAAACAAGAUGACAGCCUACAUCACAGAAUUGUCAGACAUGGUGCCAACAUGCAGUGCUUUAGCACGUAAACCUGAUAAACUGACUAUUUUACGGAUGGCUGUGUCACAUAUGAAGUCUUUAAGGGGAACAGGAAAUACUUCCACUGAUGGUGCCUAUAAGCCUUCAUUCCUAACAGAAAAGGAGUUGAAGCAUUUGAUUUUGGAGGCAGCAGAUGGAUUCCUUUUUGUAGCUGCAGCUGAGACUGGAAGAAUCAUCUAUGUUUCAGACUCUGUUACGCCUGUUUUAAAUCAUCCACAAUCUGAAUGGUUUGGAAGUACCUUGUAUGAUCAGGUUCAUCCAGAUGAUGUGGAGAAACUGAGAGAGCAGCUGUCUACAUCAGAAAGUUCCAUGACUGGCCGUAUACUGGAUCUCAAGACUGGGACAGUUAAAAAAGAAGGGCAGCAGUCUUCAAUGAGAAUGUGCAUGGGUUCCAGACGUUCCUUUAUUUGUAGAAUGAGGUGUGGAACAGCUCCCUUGGAACAUAUCUCAUUGAGCAGGCUGACUGUUCUACGCAAGAGAUAUAGAAAUGGCUUGGGACCUGUCAAGGAAGGAGAGUCGCAGUAUUCAGUUGUUCACUGCACUGGAUACAUCAAAGCUUGGCCACCAGCAGGAAUGACCCUUCCAGAGGAGGAAUCAGAUGGCGGACAAAGCAGUAAAUUUUGUCUUGUUGCAAUUGGACGCCUUCAGGUAACCAGCUCGCCAGUGUGCAUGGAUAUGAAUGGUCUCGCCAUUCCCACAGAAUUCCUGUCUAGGCACAAUUCAGAUGGACUGUUUACAUUCGUGGAUCAUAGAUGCAUCACUGUUAUUGGCUAUCAGCCACAGGAGCUACUGGGAAAGGAUAUUGUCGAGUAUUGCCAUCCCGAAGAUCAAAGCCACGUGCGAGACAGUUUUCAGCAGGUCGUGAAAUUGAAAGGGCAGGUGCUGUCAGUGAUGUACCGUUUCCGAACCAAAAGCAGAGAUUGGCUAUGGAUAAGGACAAGCAGUUUUACUUUCCAAAAUCCCUAUUCAGAUGAAAUUGAAUAUAUUAUCUGCACCAACACCAAUGUAAAGCAACUCCAGCAGCAGCAACAAGCUGAGCUUGAAGUGGGUCCAAGAGAAGGUCUACCUUCCUAUGACCCUUCCCAGGUGCCCGUUGCAACUGUAUCUGCCGGUGUCCAAGAACAUGGGAAGUCAAUUGACAAAACUGACCCACUGUUUUCGCAGGAUAGAGACCCCAGAUUCACAGAUAUCUACACUGGUAUUUCACCUGGUGAAAAGAAGACAAUGUCCACAGCAUCAGCUGCAGGAAGCCAACAGAUCUACUCACAAGGAGGUUCAUUCCAGCCUGGGCGAACGGGACAAACGUUCAGCACGUCAAUGGUACCUGGUGGAAACAUCAUUCAGCAAACAUCCUCAGCAGGCCAGAUUUUAGCCCAGAUAUCUCGCCAAUCAAAUGCGAACCAGGUCUCUGCAACAUCCUGGACUGGGAGUCGACCACCUUUCCCGGGGCAGCAAGUAACAUCUCAAACCGGUAAGGCUCAGUCACCACCUUUCGCCAUAGGAUCAAGUCACACAUUCCCAGCAGACCCAUCUACUUUCAGUCCCCUGUCCAGUCCUGUGUCUACAUCUUCACCGGGAGGACCUUCUUAUACCAGUCUGGCAAAUCGAUCCACUGGUUUUGCUGAGAGUGGACAGAGUAGUGGACAGUUCCAGGGAAGAUCAUCUGAAGGCUCAGCUGUAUGGUCUCAGUGGCAAGGCCAACAUCACAAUCAACAGGCAAGUGAGCAGCAUACACACCAACAGCCAGGACAACCAGAGGUUUUUCAGGAUAUGUUGUCCAUGCUUGGAGAUCCAACACAGGGGACUGGCAAUUACAACAAUGAGGACUUUGCCGAUCUAAGCAUGUUCCCAUCAUUUUCUGAGUAAAUGGUUAAUAAGCUAGUGGUUGAUCAUUGAGAGGUGAGCAUAUAAUUACAGCAAGGAUAUUUGACUUAAGGAAUCCUUUUUGAGAAAAUUUGAGCCAUUUAAAUAAAACCAAAUGGAUUCAAUUCAGUAACAUUAGCAAACUAUGUCACACAUUCCAGGCAGUGAAUUGGGGGAACUAGGGCCAAGGUGUGCAGUGUAAUCAAUACCAGAGUCUAACCAAACUUUGUAAGAUCAUCCCCUUAACUUCAUGAGGGAAAAAAAAAUUACCAUAACCAGAUGUUAGCAGUUAGGACAUAAACACGUGUCAAAAAUAUAAGCAUGCUUAACAAUAGAUAUACACUGCUGUAGAAUCGGACAACACAGAAUGAAAAGGUCUGAGUGAUGUGAAACAACAGAAGGAAAAUUAUAAUCUGAUUGUUUUCCAGACUUGUUGAUUAAGCAAAUACUUUAAAGAUAAAUUAAAAAUAAAAUGUAACUAUGAUCUGAAGAAACAUUCAACAAAAACUACAUAAUUAAACCGUACACUAUAGUUUUACAGUGUAGUUGUUCAACGUAGUUGCAAGUGACCAUUUUCUUCCUACAUCUGAUCGAACUUGUUCAGACACACAAUCCUCAGUGGGUUAAUCACUGGGUUCUAGAUAAUCCCUCCAGCAAGUUCCAGCAUAGGCCAGAUCCCUUGAAAACUAAAACCAGUCAAGCAUCACCAUUGGAGUAUUUUCCGUCAAUUUAAAAGAGGAAAGUACCUAUUGUCUUGAUAGUAUAAAUGUCAGAGAGGAAGGGAGGAACCAUCAAAACCCUUCCCUUCUUAUCUGUCACCUUACCAAGCACAUCAAUGUGAGUGUGCCAUUCCGUAAUAUCCCAUGCCUCACCAGGGAUCUGCAUCUUACUGUUGGACUGUUUAUAAUCAGUGUAUUUCUACACGUUCUCACUUUUAUAUUCAUUAUUAAAAUUGUAAAUGUUGCCAUUUGAUGUUCAGAUUCAUGCCUUAAUAUCAAUAUCUUGUAGACACUAUUAUUCGUGCCGCUUUUGUUGUGGUAUGGCAAGUCUUCAGUGUUGUUCUUAGUCAUAGAUAAGGUAAACUAUUCUUGCAUUAGGUUUGUCAGUACCAAUAAAACCAAGAAAACAACAAGUGUUAUUUGUAAAAAUGGAUAAAGUUAGGGAAGGCAUUGGGCUUGCAGUGUCAUAAAUUGAUAACCGUGGUAUUAGAUAGUGGUCCCUCUUAAUUCAUAUUAUUUAAUCUUCAAAUGCUGGAGGAUAAUAAUGUAUGCUAGUCAAAAGUAUGAUUUAAAAAUUGUUCUUAAUCUAAGUAACAGCUUAAAAUGUUGUUCAAAAAGUGACAGUCCCUUACAAUGCACCUAUUUGGAUCCAAAAUGAUACAAUUCCCUGAAAUGUGCUUGAUUAUUGAUUUUGUGGCAUAAUUACAUCAUAGCAGUUACAGGUCUGUUGUAAAUCUGAUAAUGCUCAAUACUGGAUUAGAUUUUCAACCUUGUUUCCGUCUGGUAAACAUUCAGGCACUUGAAAAGAUUAUUUUAAAAACAAUGAAAAUUGUAAUUAUUGCUCUAAAACAUACCAUAACAUACCAUGGCAUACCAUAACAGCAGAUCUCCUGGCAGGGCUACCUAUGAACCACAGCAGCAGCUUUCAAAAUCUUUACUCUAAUUUUGUUUAGAUAGCACCGCAGGUGUACAAAGGCACUAUAGUUUGGUUCAGCUAGUAUUUUUUUCAAAUUAUGUACAAAAUAAAUUGUAGAAGAUGAACUCUGUUCAUUCGAAAUCAGCAUCACAUGGUCCUAAUUUCACUCCGGUAAUGUUAAAAAGAAUAUCUCUUUCCUUAUUUGAUUUACAGAAACUUUAAGGAUGUGCAUUCAGUCUUUGCAACUUUGCUGAACAAUGCAGCAUUUUUAAAAUCUGCUGACCAAGAGUAGUGCCCUUUGCCAAUUAAACUUUAACUUUUCAGUUUCCUGAGGUUUAACCCCAGAAAACAUGUCAUAGAAUCUAACAGAACAAAAGCAAAAUGCUGCAGAUGCUAUAAAUCUGAAAUAAAAUCAGAAAGUGGUGGAGAAAAUCAGCAGGUCUGGCAGCAUCUGUGAAGAGAGGAAAACAGAGUUAACGUUUUAAGUCCAAUAUGUGUCAUCUUUGGAGUGGUUAACUCUUUUCUCUCCACAGAUAAAAUCUAACGGAAUACCCCUGUAGUACUGGUAGUUAGCCAAAUGAAUAAAGCUAACUAUACACAAAGUAACAGGUAUAGAAGGGAACUGAAAAAGAUUUAGUGAGGUUGAGACGUGUAGCAUAAGCAGAUCCAUGUUCCUUACAGAUUCAUGAGCUACCGUUUAUCACUUUUUAUAUAACUAAACCCUCCUAAUGAAGUAUUUUGAUUAUUUGAAAUUAUUUAUAGGUGGGGUGAUUGUGUCCCAACGUGACAUUCCCUGUGAAACAUUUCCUUUCUAUCCAACAAAGUAAACGAUAAUUGAAACCAGAAUAAUUUUAAGUUUUCAUACUCUUGGUGAAAAUUUCCCAUGAUAUCAAUGAAGUAAGAUCUAUCAAAAUAUUUCACUUUGCUAGCCAGUGUCAAAGGAUACUCAGAAUUGCAACAAUGUACAUUGGGAAAAGUGUCCAAAAAAAAACGCAUUAGCACACAGCGUUUGUGUUAAUUUGUGUUUAUUCUUUCGGUGUCCUUGUUAUAUUUGAGUUAUUUCCAUCUUCAAGGCCGUCACACUAAUAUGCACUCAAAUCUGGCUGUAUGAACAGCUUUACCUUUUGUUCAAUUUGUAAUGGAAAUGCAAUAAUGAAGCUUCACUGUAAAACUUAAACAAUGGUUGCAUUUCUAUAGCACCUUUAACACAGUAUUAACAGCCAGGGCAGUUCACAGGAACAUUAUUGAACAAAAUUGUUGAACAAAAACUUGUCAAAGUGUUUGAUUUUAAGAACAAGAUAGUGAAGCAGAGAGGUUUAGGGAGGGAAUGCCAGAGUCCAGGGCCCAGGCAGCUGAAGGCACAGUUGCUGGUGGUUGGGCAAGUGAAAUCAAGCUAGAGAGCUCAGAACAUUAUGAAACUGGACAGGGUCAUAGAGAUAGGGAGGGUCUGAGACCUUGAGAGGAAUUGAAUAUAAAAAUAAUGAUUUAAAAUUAAGCCAUUGCUGGCCCUUAAGCCAUUGUAAAUCAGUGAGGACAAAUUUAAUGGGUUCAGGCAGCUGAUAGUAGUCAAGUAACAAUGGACAAGUAGUUGUUGUAUGAAUUACUAGUAGAGCAGCUCAGUAGAUAUCAGUGCUGCCUCACAGCAAAAGGGACCCAGAUUAGAUUCCACCCUUGGGAUCUGUCUGUGUGGACAUUCUCCCCGUGUCUGCAUGGG